GAAUCAGAAUGUAUGUAAACAUCAGCUGAUCUGUGACAGUUUUUAUAUUUUUGGAAAGUUGUAUAAUAUUAAACUAUAUUAUAAAAUAAGGAAGUACUUAUAAUAAGCUAGUGAAUAGUUUUUUAACUAGUGAAUAUUUCUAGUUUAUAACAAUGUCUGAAUCAAGUACAAUUAAACAACCUAUCAGAAGAUUAGAAAUUCCUAUAAGUAAAUUCGACGUAGCAAUACCACAUCACUUGGAUUUACUGCGAAGACAUAAAAAUAACAUUAAAAAUUACCAAAGAGACAAAGACUGGGCAAAAGUUCAUAAGGAACAAACAAAUGCACUGAGACUAGUCAAACAAUUAGAACAAUUGUUAUAUGAAAUGGACACGCUUCGCGGGCAAGUUGAAGACAACGAUAUUGACAAAUUUGAUAAACUCACCCACAAUUCACGAUAUUCUACAAUAAACGCUAUUCAGGAAUAUUUAGAAAUGAAAUUAGAGUACCCGACUUCGACGAUAAGCUCCCCUGGAUCACCCGACUCAGAAAAUGAGCAAUCGCAGCCUUUGGACGAACGAUUUCUUCAGCUACAGACGGAGCAAGACGAAAUCGAAAGACAGAACGCCUGUCUCCAUGCUUGGAACUCUCUGCAAAAUGAUUUGCAGCAGCUUCAUCAACUGUUUGUUCACAUGAAUCAAUUGAUUUAUGACCAAAAGCAUCAUGUGAACGAAGUAGAAGACAACGUAGUCGAAUCUCACGAAAAUGUUGUGAGAGGAAACAAAUUUUUGGAAAAAGCUUCAAAAUUAAAAGUAGCGGCCUAUCCAUUGGCCGGUGCGCUAAUCGGUACCUGCAUCGGCGGGCCUGUUGGUCUAAUUGCUGGUGUUAAGCUUGGAGGCUUAACUGCUUUAGGUUGUGGAAUUUUAGGAUUUACUGGAGCUACGAUUCUCAAGAAAAAACAUUUAGAAAAGUUGGAAAAUGUUGAAGGACCAUUGCAAAUUAAAGACAAAGAAGACCAAAGUCCUGAUUUAGACCAAAAGAAAGAAUUGUGACAAACAAUUGAAUCUCAAGAAAUUUUUGAUAAAAAACAAUGCAAUAUAUUGUAGCUUUCACCUUUUAUGCACUUAACUCAAUAAAUAUUUAAAUUUCUAAUUAUUAAA